CUAUGGGAUCAGAGCCAAACUCUAGAAAUUCAACAAAAAAAUACCUAAAAAUUCAACAAAAAAAAGCCAAACCUUUUAUGCUUUAAGAAUGAUUCUUUUCACCGUUCGAGUGAAAAGGACUACUUUUCUUAGCCUGGCCUCCACUUGAACUAAUCUUGAACAUGAUGGAUCUUUUCCAGAACAUGUUUUUCUCCACUGCACAUGAACUUUCAAUCACUGUCCACAUUUCCCAUCCAAGAAUCAAAUUAAAGUCACCCUAUUUAACAGAAUUCUUCAAAGAUACAGCCAGCUUGCUACAACUUAAAAAAGUUAAGGUUUCCUCUGAUAAAUAGCCCUGUUUUGCCCCACAUUUUCCUUGAUUCAUAUACAUAACAUAACAAGAAAGAAAUGGAAUUCUUUCACCAGCACAACACACUCUUAUUAUCAGAGUUCUUGAUUUUCUGCAUGAUAUCUGUGGCUUCAUCUCUAGGUCCAAUCUAUACUCCUCCAGAGGUUGAGCGGUUAACUGAUCGUUUCAGUAGAUUAUCCGUUAAUCAGGGAUAUAAUAUGUUUUUUGGAGGUGUUAAUGUUCGUCUAACGAACAAUGGGUCCAGUGCUGAUCUUAUCUUAGAUAAAUCUUCAGGUUCAGGACUAGUCUCAAGAGACAAAUACUACUAUGGUUUCUUCAAUGCUGCACUAAAGCUGCCUGCAAAUUUUACAUCGGGAGUGGUAGUUGCUUUUUAUCUUUCUAAUCAAAAUAUUUUCCCACACGACCAUGAUGAACUAGAUUUUGAAUUGCUUGGGUAUGAUAAGAGAAGGGAUUGGGUUCUACAAACCAAUAAUUAUGGAAAUGGAAGUGUCAGCACAGGGAGGGAAGGGAAGUUCUACCUCUGGUUUGAUCCAACACAAGAUUUCCAUGACUACACUAUUCUCUGGAACAAUCAUCACAUUCUAUUUCUGGUGGACAAUGUGCCAGUAAGAGAGGUUGUCCAUAAUACUGCAAUCUCUUCUGUUUACCCAUCAAAGCCGAUGUCCAUUUAUGUGACAAUAUGGGAUGGAUCACAAUGGGCAACUCGCGGAGGGAAAUACCCAGUAAAUUAUACUUACGCCCCGUUUGUAACAUCAAUAAAAGGAGUAGAGUUAGAAGGGUGUGUAAGCGAGCAAAACGGAUCAGCAGCUACUGCAUGUGCUAGGAGAAGCACAUCAAGUUUGGAUCCGGUUGAUGGAGAAGAAUUUGUCAAGCUGUCACAGCAGCAAAUGAUGGGGUUGGACUGGGCAAGGAGGAAGCAUAUGUUUUACUCGUAUUGCCAAGAUACUAGGAGAUACAAAGUCCUACCACCAGAGUGCACUGCCACAUAACAUAGUUCAUCUCAUUUUUGUCUCUAAGACUGACGUAUGAAAACAAGAUAGAGGAUAAUAAUAUAAUGACCUUAUAUGAGAGAAAUCACCUAGUGUUUCUUGCCUCUACUGAGGUUUGAACAUAAAAUCUCAUGGUUCUCCCACUUUAUUGACCCCUAGGCCACACUCUCGGAUGCCUUAGACAAGAGAAUUCUAGAUAAGAGUACUCCUGGACCAAAUUAUUUCUAUGAUGUUGCUCGCUAAUUUGUACAAUGAAUUGACAAUAGUAAACUUUAAUAUUAUUUUCUUCA